CUGGCGCCCAAUGGCGGGGGCACCUUUUCCCUCGGACUCCAAACAUUCAUCAAAUGCUAUUUAAAGAGAAGACAAAUUAGGAACGAAGGAAGGAAAGACAAGUGUGCAGUGCAGCCAGACAUAGAAAAAGAGAAGAACUCGGGACAAACACUGCUUUUUCCUUUUCCGUCGGUUAAUAUUGAGGAGAGAGAUCGAAGAAUUAGGGUUCUGUUUCUGAGGCUUGGAUCUGUGGUAUCGUUUAUAGUCGGGUUCCAACAAAUCCAAGUCUAGAGAGAGAGAGAGAGAGAGAGCGGGAGAGGAGAGAUGAGAGAAAUCAUAAGCAUUCACAUAGGGCAAGCAGGUAUCCAGGUUGGGAAUUCGUGUUGGGAACUCUAUUGCCUCGAACAUGACAUUCAGCCCGAUGGCAUGAUGCCCAGUGACACAUCAGUGGGUGUUGCACAUGAUGCGUUCAAUACCUUCUUUAGCGAGACUGGUGCAGGCAAACAUGUCCCCAGAGCUAUAUUUGUUGACCUCGAACCAACCGUUAUUGAUGAAGUCAGGACAGGCACUUACCGCCAGCUUUUCCAUCCGGAACAGCUUAUUUCUGGAAAGGAAGAUGCUGCUAACAACUUUGCAAGAGGGCAUUAUACAGUGGGAAAGGAGAUUGUUGAUCUUUGCCUUGAUCGAGUGAGAAAGUUAGCAGAUAACUGCACUGGUUUGCAAGGGUUUUUGGUGUUCAAUGCCGUUGGUGGUGGCACUGGUUCUGGUUUGGGGUCCUUGUUAUUGGAACGGCUUUCUGUGGACUACGGAAAGAAGUCAAAGCUUGGGUUUACCAUCUAUCCUUCUCCUCAGGUCUCGACUGCAGUUGUGGAGCCCUAUAACAGUGUACUUUCUACGCAUUCCCUCCUUGAGCACACAGACGUGGCUGUUCUUUUGGACAAUGAAGCCAUUUAUGAUAUUUGCCGUAGAUCCCUAGACAUAGAGAGGCCAACUUACACCAAUUUGAACCGAUUGAUCUCCCAAAUCAUAUCAUCUUUGACAACUUCCUUAAGGUUUGAUGGUGCCAUUAACGUUGACGUUACGGAGUUCCAGACUAACCUUGUGCCGUAUCCCCGUAUCCAUUUCAUGCUUUCUUCAUAUGCCCCAGUUAUUUCGGCCGCAAAAGCAUACCACGAGCAGCUAUCUAUACCUGAGAUCACAAAUGCAGUGUUUGAGCCCUCAAGCAUGAUGGCAAAAUGUGAUCCAAGGCAUGGGAAAUACAUGGCCUGCUGCUUGAUGUACCGUGGAGAUGUUGUUCCGAAGGAUGUUAAUGCUGCCGUUGCCACUAUCAAGACCAAGCGGACUGUUCAGUUUGUUGACUGGUGUCCUACUGGAUUCAAAUGCGGCAUUAACUACCAGCCUCCAACAGUGGUACCUGGAGGUGAUCUUGCCAAGGUGCAGCGAGCUGUGUGCAUGAUCAGCAACAACACAGCAGUGGCAGAGGUGUUCUCCCGCAUUGAUCACAAAUUUGAUCUUAUGUAUGCCAAAAGGGCAUUUGUCCACUGGUAUGUUGGUGAAGGCAUGGAGGAAGGGGAGUUCUCUGAGGCUCGUGAAGAUUUGGCUGCUCUUGAGAAAGAUUACGAAGAAGUUGGUGCCGAAGCUGUGGAAGACGAAGAUGAGGGCGAAGAUUAUUGAGCUGACUUAUGUUUGGGGAAUUGUCUUUGGUGUGAUUGGUUAAUCUGAGCAGUGCUUAACCUUGCGUCUCUCUCUGGUGUUUCAUUUCUCUCCCGUGUUAUCAUUCUCCUCUCAUGUAAUGAAGAAGUUAAAAUUUGUGUUUGCUAUCUACUAAAGUGUUUGCUGUACCAUGAAAGAAAAAGUGGGUUUUUAGAAAGUUUCGUCCUUUGAUUCCGUUUGGUCAGUCUCGUUUUAUGGCCAAAAUAACGGAUGAAAAACCCAUUAGUGGAUGAGAUAUCAUGACAACUAUUACUAUUUCCACGGUUCCUUGAGGAUUA